UUUUAUUUGUCAAUUUUCGACAAUUUGUAGCUUUAUGUUAAUUUUGUAUAGUUUUUAUUAAUUAAUUUAGUGAAAACCCCAAAUUUUCGUUACAAUGGCAUCCGGAGAACCGAAUCUAAAAGACUGUCCUUACAUUUGUCCAAGUGACCAAAAGAAACCGGCGCCGACGCAUUAUGGCGUGGCGGGCGAGGGCUCGCGCGGCAACCCGUACGAGCGGCCCUACGUGCCGGGGCAAGUGCUGCCGCCCGUGCCCAGGCUGCUCCCCCCGGGCGCGCCACCCCCGUACCUCCCCCAGCCCACGGAAAGCACCAGCGGGGACUUCCUCGGUAUGAGCGGAGUGGGCCCCUGGGCCGCCGGGCAUCUCGACUGGACCCCGCAAGCGGGCAUCACCGGCGUCCGACCCGUCGUCGACAAAUACUCCAUCACCAGAUAUUCGACUGGAGAGUGGAGAAAGAACAACGAGUACAUCCUCACCCCGAGAGCGACCGACAAAGCUAUAGCUAUGGAGAAGCGAUUCAAGAAAGAAAUAGCGGACACUUUCGAUCAGAUAAACGAUGCACAAAACAACUCCAAUAACAGUUUGAAAAAGAGAGCUAAAGAUUUGUCGUCGUGGAAGAACAAAGUGCAAGAUGCCGAGCACGCUAUCUCCGAGGAAAUUAACAUACUGGACGAAUACAGGGCGAGAUUGAAGGGCGCUUGUCGUAUCCUCAUGAUGCCUGAAGCUAUUGCUAAAGAAUGCCUCGAACUGAGAACGUUUCGUUAUGAGCCCGACUUAGUUCGAGACGAUGCCGAGCAAGAAUUGAUCAACGAAGUGGCAAUAGUCGGAGAAAUACGGAGAGUUUUCACCGAAACUCUGGCUAAAGUUGAAGAGCAAAUGUUGAAAAAUAGGGCGGCUAAAGCGGCUAUCGAAUUGGAUUGGAGCGAUAAAAUGCAAAGUCUACUUUUAGACAAGAAAAAUUUAAGAAUGACUCCAAAAUCUUCCCUAAUCCUAGCGCAUCCUGGCGUAGCACGAUGGCCCGAAAAUUCUACCACUUUAGAGUACUGGGAGCAUUACUGUAGCGAGAGCAUUAGAAACUGUGAUGAUGUCAGACAUGAAUCCGAGAAUUUAAGAGGCGACCUGAUGACUGCUAUCACGAAAGCAGCUCAGGACUUGAAGAUUCAAGGUGAUAGAACCAACAUGGCAUUGGCAGAUUCGAUCUUAGCCACGCAGAAGUGUUGCGAGCACCUUGAGAGGAACCUUAAGGAGAAUUUGCAGAAAACUGCCGAUGUUGAGAACUUGAUCGACUACCUUAAAGAUUCUUUAAGGAAGGCUGACGAGAGCUGCAAAUUGGCUGAGACGAGGUUACACGGAAGAAAUUACGAGAGGCCUAAUGUGGAAAACUGUAAAGAUGGAGCGCAGUAUGCUUUGAUGGCUGAGCAUAAGCUUAUAAAAGAGAAGGCUGAGGCCUUGCGGGGGCAGGUGAGGGUAGCGGAGGGGGUGAGAAGUGAGCUGAUGAAGUACCGAGGGGACCUGGAGAAGGAGAUCGCGUGUAAGAGGAAAAGUCUGAACAUCAACGAGGAUAGAUGCGCUAGAGCGCGAGCUCACAUGCCUACGCCGGAAGAUUUCGCCGCGUUAUGAAUUGAGAUUUUAAUAUCAUUGGUCAUUAUAUUUUUUAUUAGAAAUAAUAGAAUGUUA